AUUUAAUUAUGAGAAGAUACUUCGUAGGUGGUAAUUGGAAAUGCAACAACACCAUAGCUCAAACUUAAAGUUUGAUCAAUACAGUCAUCAACAAACUCGUUUUUGAUACUAAAAAAGUUGGUAAUUGACAUUAUAUAUCCUUCAGAGGUCGCUGUUGCUCCAAUCUUCUUACAUGUCCCAUGGGUCUAAGCCAACAUUCAAAAGAAUGUUUAAGUGGCCGUCUAAAACUCAUCCUUAACUAAGAUGGGUGCUUACACUGGAGAAAUCAGUGUUGAGCAAGUCAAAGACCUUGCAAUCCCCUGGGUUAUAUUGGGUCACUCUGAAAGAAGAUAAUACUACGGAGAAACCAAUGAAAUUGUUGGAAAGAAGACCAGAAUAGCUUUGGAUUACCAGCUAAGUGUCAUGGCAUGUGUUGGUGAAAAAUUGGCCGAAAGAGAGGCUGGUUAAACAACCUAAGUGAUCUAAGCAUAAUUAGAUGCAAUCAAAAGUAAUUCUUAUUUAUUAUACACUUUCCUUAGAGGAAUUGACAACAGACCAAUGGAGCAAAGUUGUUGUUGCCUAUGAACCAGUUUGGGCAAUUGGAACAGGAAGAACAGCAAGUCCAGAAUAAGCUUAAGAAGUUCAUGCAUUCAUCAGAGGAUGGCUUAAAUCUUAAAUUGGAACAUAAGUAAUUGUGUAUUUCUAUCUUUAUAGGCCGAAUAAGCCACCAGAAUUAUUUAUGGAGGAUCAGUGACUGAAAAGAAUGCUGCCGACUUAAUUAAAUAGCCAGAUCUUGAUGGAUUCUUAGUCGGAGGUGCUGCCUUAAAGCCAGCCUUUGCUGAUAUUGUAGCUGCAGCUAAUAAUGCUAGAUGAAUAUUUUGACAAUAAUACAUCAAAUAUAUACAAAAUAUUCAUUCAUAUCUAUUUAAUAA